AGUCUCUCUCUCUCUCUCUCUCACACACACACACCUUCUUUGUCUUAUCCCAGCUCACGUUCGGUUGUUCUCCUCCUUUUCUACAUUAUUGUUUUUGAAGUCUUUUGAAUGGGUUAAACUUGUCUAAAAGAGGGCUUUUGGAAAAUCUUUAAAGGGUGUUAGAAAAUACUCACACUCUUUGUCAGGCAUUUGGUGUUUCCUUCUGAGGUUGUGCUUCUGUCAGGAUUAUUCACGUCUGUGCAUUAUGAAGGUCUCAGGCUUCUGGGUGUUGUUUUUUCUGCUUUGGCUAGCUUUCAUGUUCUUUAGCCUCUCUGGCUGCAUAACUGGUUUGAAAUCUCAUGACCUGGCCCACCAUGACGAUGGUUCAACCUUGAUAGCCAUAACCAGGAAGCUCAAGGAAACAAGCUAUAAGACAAACAGAAAGGAAAACAAGAGAGGUUUUGGAAAUGUGAAUCUGGAAGAUUACCAUCCUAUAGAUCCAGUUCCAAGCUCAAAGGCUUCUGUAAAACCUGGGCCAAUAGAGCAUGGGGCUCCUAUAAUCCCAUAUAUCCCAAAGCCUUCGCCUCCUGACCAACCCAAGGGCCCUACUUGACAACAUGUUAUGUAAUGUAUUUAAUUAUGGCUAUAUAUGUUAAAACUUGGAAGAAUAUUGCCACUUUGUUUUAGCCAGCUUGUAUAUUAUAUACACUACUUAUACAGCUGAAGUGAUGUGCUAAUAUAUGUAUGAAUGUUGUGUGUUUUA